AUGUCCCUUUUAGUGAGAGCUAUCGUUGCCCUCGUUGGUUUUUACUUUCUCAAAUCCUACUUGACUCGCAAGAAGCUUCCUGCGCCUCUCCCUCCAGGCCCUAAGCCGAAGCCAUUUAUUGGAAACCUGCAGGACCUCCCACCUCCAGGCGAGCACGAUUGGCUACACUGGUACAAGCACAAGCAACUUUACGGUCCUAUCAGUUCAGUAACUGUCUUUGGAGAGAAUCUCAUCAUUCUCAACGAUGCCCAGCUUGCCGUUGAGUUGUUGGAGAAACGUUCGGUCAUAAACUCCGACCGUCCUAGCGGGCAUUUCACUGAAAUGGCUGGCUUCGGAGACGUUCUUACCACGAAGAAUAACAAUGAUUACCGUGUUCGGGCCCAGCGGAAGCUAUUUCGCCAACAAAUUGGCUCGAACGCCUCUGUUGCGCGGUUCAAUCCCAUCCAAGAGGCCGAGGUUGGCCGCUUUCUGGUUCGGGUGCUUGAUAAUCCUGGGGAUCUACGAGACCACAUUCGGAAGGAAGCCGGGGCCAUCAUCCUGAAGCUCGCAUACGGAUAUACCGUUGAGCCUCACGGGCAGGAUCCAUUGGUUGACCUUGUGAAUCGGGCGAUGGGGAAUUUCACCGAGUCCCUUAUCCCUGGAACUUGGAUAGUAGAUUUCCUCCCCAUCCUCAAACACCUUCCGAUCUGGUUCCCAGGUGCCACAUUCUUACGCACAGCACGAGCCUUCAGAGAAGUCGCCCGAGCCUGGGGCAGCCAGCCAUACGAAUUCGUCAGACAGCAGCUGUCCCAGAACAACUACACGCCAUCGUACCUGUCUGGUCUCGUUGAAAAGGACGGAUUCCCAGAACCAGGCUCACGGGAGGAAAGCGUCAUCAAGUGGUCUGCGGCGGCGAUAUUCGGCGGAGGAUCUGACACGACCAUAUCAACCAUGGGGGCUCUCUUCCUCGCAAUGGCUCUCUACCCGGACGUGCAGCGCAAAGCACAAGAAGAGAUCGACCGAGUCGUAGGAACGGCGCGUCUCCCGGGCUACGCCGACCGGGACAACCUCCCAUACAUCGACGCCAUGGUCAAAGAAGCCCUCCGCUGGCACUCAGUCCUGCCGAUGGGAGUUGCCCACGCCUCAAUGGAAGACGCCAUAUGCGAAGGCUACUUCAUCCCGAAGGGAUCUCAAAUCCUCCCCAACCAAUGGGCCUUCACCCACGACCCAUCCGUCUACCCCGAUCCGAUGACCUUCAAACCCGAACGCUUCCUAGCCUCCGACAACCACGUCCCCGAGCGAGACCCCCGACUUCUAGCCUUCGGGUUCGGCCGUCGCGUGUGUCCCGGUCGAACCCUAGCCGAUUCAAACAUCUACCUGAGCCUCGUACAGUCACUGGCCGUCUUCCGCAUCAACAAACCCAUCAAAAACGGCAAAGAGGUCGACCUGAGAAUGGAGGCCCUGCCCGGCCUCCUCAGCCACGUGGCGCCCUACGAACUGGAAAUCAAGCCUCGAAGUCCGCACCACGAGACGCUUAUCCGCGCUGUGGAGGCCAAAUUCCCUUGGGAAAAGGGUCACGCGGAAGAACUCGGUCAGGUGAAAUGGUGA